AUGUCAUCCUCGACAUGUCCCGUGAUAUUGGAAGAGAUGAUCAAAUCCGAGCUCAACAUUGACGAAGGCGAGUCAACCUACUCGGACAGCAAUAUCGAUUCCGACACUAUUGCCGAGAUCCUCCGUCUUUACAAGAAUCAUCGUCGAGUAGGCAAACGCGGAAACAAAGGCAGCCCCGAUGCCUCCCGCCAUGCUCUUCCCGGAGUUGCUGGUAAAAACGAGAACCCAACCCUCACCAUACCACCGGGUAUCUAUAACGAGAAACUAUUCACGCUUGCACGCAAGAAAGAUUUCGACUUUGCGGGGAAAGAUGGAACACGCACGAUCAAAUGUGACGAGUUCUCGCGGUUGCUCGUAUACUCUCAAACCCGGGAGGCCGGACUAUUCACAUAUGUGCCAAAUAUCUACCGGAUCUACCGGACGAACAAAGACUACCCCGAACGGUGCCAGCUUGCCGUAGAGGCGGCGAUUGUCAAGCGAGAGAUGCUGAGAGAGAUCUGUACACUAGAACGUCGGGCACUUCGCAGGGCGGCGUUUGACAUGGAAGAUGCGUAUGAAUCUGACAGCGAUUUGGACUACUAUGGCUUCAACCGCCUGCAUGUCCGUCCUCGCCCGACCCGCAACGUCGAGCCAGAACCCAGCAGCGACAAGGCUCCUUCUUGA